AUGGCGGUAAAAGGUCAUGACAACUAUUUUGUGCAAAAGCCAAAUGGGCUAGAUAGACUCAGAUUGUCUAGUCUUCAAAAGGUAAUGGCAGCGUUUCGGAGGUGGGCGUAUGAAGUAGUAGCAAAUGCUACUAAUGAGUACAUUAAAAUAGAAGAAUCAAUAACUAUUGAAAAUUUGAAGAGAUUUUGUCAUGCUAUCAUAGAAAUAUUAGCAGAUCAAUAUUUGAAAUCACCUACUGCAAACGAUGUUGAGAGACUACUCUACAUUGGUAAACAAAGUGGUUUUCCAGGGUUGUUGGACAGUCUAGAUUAUAUGCAUCGGAGAUGGAAAAAUUGUCCAAUGGCAUGGGCAGGACAAUUUACAAGUCGUAGUGGAUCCCCAACUAUUAUCCUCGAAGCUGGUAUUGCUCCAUCGGCACAACAUCUCAUUCAAGAAAAACAAUACAACAUGGAGUAUUAUCUAGUUGAUGAUAUAUCUCUUUCUAUUGAUCGAAAAAAUCAUCGAAAGUUUGCUGGAAGCGCACAAAAUAACACUGAAAAGCCUACACAACAUUCUAUGCUCUCUUCAAAACCUAUCAUACUAGUAGAGAGAGAGGUGGAAAACAUUGCAUCAGGUAAGCUAAUUGGUGAACGCAAUGUUCUUGAACCAUUAGCCAUUGGUGUAAAUCAAGACAACAGUACUCACACAAUGUCUCCCAUAAAACGUUCAUGGUUCUUAUGA